AUGUCAAAGAAGAUAGAUCCUACCAUCUCAAAAGAAGUGAAGCCAGAUGAAUUCGGAAACUUCUCUGGUUCCGAUGAGCAAUAUGUCACACAUGAUUCCAUUGAUAGUAAGUCAAAAGGUGCUUUCAAGAGCCUUGUUGAUUCAUUUAGAAGAAAAGAAAUUGAUGGUGACGAAGCUGCAGGAAAACAAUUGGCCAAAGGUAUCAGUAAGCGUCAUUUAAUUUUAAUGGCAUUGGUUACAGGUAUCGGUACCGGUCUUUUGGUUGGUUCCGGUCAAGUUUUACAUAAAGCAGGUCCUUUGUUUACUAUUAUUGGGUACGCCAUUGGGGGUUCAUUCGUCUACCCAACUUUACAAGCAGCUGGUGAAAUGGCUGUGAAUUAUUCUGAAUUAUCCGGUGGUUACAACUCAUAUACAAGAAUGUUUGUCGAAGAUAGUGUCAAUUUUGCCAUUUCAUGGAAUUACUGUAUCCAAUGGUUGAGUGUUAUUAGUAUUGAAUUGGUCACCGCUGCUAUUACUAUUGAAUAUUGGAUUAGUAGAGAACGAGUCGAUCCAGAUGCUUGGGUAGCGAUAUUUUUUGUUGUCAUUGUUGUUGUCAACUUUAUUGGUUCCAAAGCUUAUGGGGAAUUCGAAUUUAUCAUUGGUCUGUGUAAAGUGUGUUUGUUGGUUGGUUUUAUUAUCAUGGGUAUUGUUGUUAAUGUCGGGGGUGGUCCAGAACAUGAUUAUAUUGGUGGUAGAUACUGGCACAACCCCGGUCCAACUGCAAAUGGGUUCAAAGGAUUCUGUAGUGUGUUUGUCACUGCUUGUUUCUCAUUUGGUCAAACUGAAUUCAUUGCUUUAUCAGCUGCUGAACAACCUAAUCCAAGACGUGCUAUCCCAACUGCCUGUAAAUUAGUUUUCUGGAGAAUUGUCAUUUUAUUCUUGGGUUCAUUGACUAUGGUUGGUUUGCUUGUUCCAUCUAAUUCCGAUCGUUUAAUGAGUGAAAGUGGUGGUUCCAACACCUCUCCAUUUGUCCUUUCUGCUGCCCUUCAUGGGGUCAGAGCUGUUCCAUCCAUUAUCAACUCCGUCAUUCUUAUGUCCGUCACCUCAGUCGCAUCUUCUUCUUUAUACUCAGCUUCCAGAACUUUACAAUCUUUGGCUGAGCAAGGGUUUGCACCAAAAUGGUUUGAUUAUAUUGACAGAGCUGGUAGACCUUCCAGAGCAUUGUUAGUUUCCACUAUUGUCGGUUUAUUUGCAUUCAUUGCUACCUAUAAAAAACAAGUUACUGUUUUCAACUGGUUAUUGGCCAUUUCUGGUUUGUCUCAAGUUUUCACCUGGGGAGGUAUUUGUAUUUCUCAUAUCAGAUUCAGAAAAGCUUUAGCUUAUAACAAUAUUUCCACUGAUGCAUUAGGUUAUAAAGCAUCUACUGGAGUUCUUGGUUCGUAUUAUGCUUUGGUCUGGUUUUCAUUAGUUUUAAUGGCCCAAUUCUGGAUUGCUUUGUAUCCAAUUGGAGCCAAGAAACCAGAUGCUGCUGUUUUCUUCCAAAACUAUUUGGGUGCUGUUGUCUUGAUCCUUUUCUAUGUUGCUCACAAGUUGUGGACACGUAAAUGGAGACUUUUGGUUCCAAUUAGUGAAAUUGACAUCAACUAUGAAAGAACCAUUUUCGAUGAAGAAAUUUUGAAUCUUGAAAGACAAGAAGAAAAAGAAAGAUGGGACCGUGCCCCAUUCUAUAAAAAGAUAUUCUUAAUUUAG